AUGUAUUGGAAUGAACUAAAUCCACAGAAACACAAUGUUUUAUUUAAAUUUGAUGGUAAAAUCUUAAAAAAAGACAACGAUGGAGUGCUGGUAAACAUUAAAACAAACAUUAUACAUUUUAUCAAUUUAUUUUUUUCAUCAUCCAAUAUACAUGGUUUUUACCACUUAACCGACGAAACGAGGCAUUUCACUGAAAAGCUUGUUUGGAUGAUGGCGAUUGGUUUGAGCAUCUACGGCUCUGCGAUAUUAGGGUCGUCCACUUGGACUCGUUAUCAAGAAAAUCCAACAGUGAUAUCCAUGGACAGGGAGUUCAAGGAAUGGACCACUGCGCUUCCCGCAUUCACUUUGUGUCCCACUGAUGAACAUAAAAUCGACGAUGACCGUUUUGAUAACCUGAUAAAGACAAAUUUUUCGACAUAUUCAGACUCGGAAAAAGAUGACUUACGGGCAUUUUUGGUUCUGUUGGCAAACGCUACCUAUGGAACAUUCAACGACGUAUUCGAGAAUAAUCAAAUACAACAGAAAGAUUACUUGAGUGUCCUUAAUUCUCUGCGCAGUGAUAUAUCGUAUGAAGUCAGUAACAGUCACUUAGAGAUAUUUUCUCCUUACAGCUUAUUAUCUACGAUAACAGAAUUGGGUUCUUGUUAUUCGUACAACGGAGAAAUCGCACUUUACAAUAGUUACGAAUAUUGGAUGAGUCGCAACACAAGUAUGUUGCCGAGAAUUGGUGUGAUUUCGGGCACCCCUUUGGAUGGUGAUAUUUUCAUACAGAUCACAUCCAUAAGCUUUGGAUAUCAGGGAUUUUUGCAUUCUCCUUAUGAGGUCCCGGACAUAGCUUACCGUACAUACCAAUCUGACUUGGGUUUUUACAAGACAUUGGACGUGACCGCACUGAGUAUAUACAGUGCGCCCGAGAUCAUUUCGCUCACGCCUAAGCAAAGAGGAUGCAGAUUUCUGAACGAAAGCAACUUAGAAAUAAGUCCCGUGUACACGUACAAUAUGUGUCGAAUUCAAUGUCGAAUGGACCAAGCGAAAAAACUCUGCGGUUGUAUCCCAUACUUUUAUAAACCACGUAAAAAUGAUAAAAUAUGUGAUGUCAAAGGUAUGCAUUGUUUGGACCAAUAUAAGGAAUUUCUUUUAAAACUCAGGAACACGACUGGAGAUGAUGUUAAAGUAAACUGUGGUUGUUAUCCACCCUGCGAUGAUGUUAAUUAUAUCGUAGAAGAAGAUAGCACAAUACAAUGGUUUCUCGGAACUAAUUUAAAGUGGGGACUCAUCAAAUAUCCUCGUCUUCGUUUAAAAAGAAACGUUUUAUUUGGUUUCACUGACGUUUUGGUAUCUAUUGGAGGGACUGCCGGACUAUUCCUGGGAUGUUCCGUCUUAAGUUUCUUGGAAAUUAUUUAUUUUUUCACAUUUCGUUUGGCAUACACUUUAUUUUACUUUGCUGUUGAGUAAAUCUUUUGGUAAUUUUCUUUUAAAGCAACGAGGAGA